AUGAAAAUCGGGGAUAGCAUCAUCCCACCAUAUAGCCCUACCCAAUCACCCACCACCAUGGCGUCGUCCGCCCCUUCGUCCAAGAAGCUCGCCGAUUUCCCCGACGUUGAAGCCAAGCUCCAGAAGCCGUCCAGACAGUCCGCGUUCGAGAAGCAAAAGGCAGACGCCGAAGCCAAACGGAAGAGAGAGGCCGCUGAGACCGCUGCCGUGUACGAGAGCUUUGUCAGGAGUUUUGACCACGACGAUGAUGGAGACGACGCGGGUGCCGCUUCCACCCAGCAUGGCGCGUUUGGUGGCCGCCAGCAAGGUGGUAUUUCCGGGCGAGAUAAUAACGGUAGAGGAGGAGGGCUGCCCAAGAGACACUUUGGCAGCGGGCUUGGCGGCUCGUCCAAUUUGAAGAGCGGCCCGGGAUCUUUGGGGCCCAUUCCGACGUCCUUCGGCAAGAGAAAAUUUGACAAUCACCAGCAGAUAUCUCAUAGGAAAGCCGUAGACGAAACUCGGGGUCGACUCGGAUUUCAUGACGACGAUAGCGAUGAUGGCCAUGCGCCAAAGCCCAAGGGCCUCUCCAAGGUAUUUGAUGCUAGUGACGACGAGGCCGACGCGAGAUCCAAGGAUUUGGCCGAACAGAAGGCUAUCGCGAAGCCUACUCUCCGCCUAGCGAACCUACCACCGGGCACGUCACCCGCAGUUAUCAAGGCGCUUAUACCACCAAGCCUAACCGUCGAAAACGUCAAGAUAUUCCCUCCUAGCGCCGCAGUGAGCACCGAAAGGAGAUCGAUGACCGCGAUCAUCACCUUAUCCAAAGCGACACCCGCAACGGACAUCGAAGCUGCCGUCAGUUCCUUGCAGAACCGAUACCUGGGCUACGGCUUCUACCUAUCACUACAUAGACACCUGUCGUCUGCUGUGACAUCGGCCUUGGUAACCUCGAAUCUCACCUCCUCAUCUACUUCGCAUCCAUUCGGCGCAAAGCCGGUCCCCCAGACCCUCGAUCCUAACCCGCACCAUUCGGGCGGGUUCCAUCGCGGGUUUGCUCCACCCUCGUCCUAUGGACCUGGCGGCGGCCCUGUCCAGCGAAAUAUCCUAUACGUUCCCGUACAGGCGCCUCGGGACAUUCGGCAACUUCAGCUCAUCCAUAAGGUUGUCGAGUCGGUAUUAGCACACGGUCCUGAGUUUGAGGCUCUUCUAAUGGCGCGACCUGACGUGCAGAAGGAAGAAAAGUGGGCAUGGCUUUGGGACGCCCGGAGCGAAGGUGGGGUCUGGUACCGAUGGCGAUUAUGGGAGAUCGUCACAGGGGCUCGACCCGGGCGAAAAGGCCAGUAUGUGCCGCUUUUCGAGGGCAGCCAUGCCUGGAGAAUACCCGAGAAGGACUUACCGUUUGAAUACGCUACCGCGAUAGACGAAUUCGUGUCGGACGCUGAAUACAAUUCGUCUGAGGAGGAAGACUACGAGGAGGAAGGGAACAAACCAGCCGAUGCGGGAGACAACGAGAACACGUACUUGAAUCCCCUCGAUAAGGCGAGACUAACGCACCUGCUGGCCCGCUUACCUACCACACUCGCCAAGAUUCGGAAAGGUGAUAUUGCGAGGGUAACUACUUUCGCCAUCACACAUGCCAGCAGAGGGGCAGACGAGAUCGUCGACAUGAUUGUUGCAAAUAUAACCAAGCCGUUCGCGCUAACGUCGGCAAAUCCGGAGCGGAAUAAGGCGGCUAAGAACGAAGAAGAUCAGGCCGGCGGCGAGGCAUACGAUGCUGCGCCUCUGUCAGAAGAUCCCAACGCGAAGUCGGCCGAGGCUCAAGAUACUAGCGCGUCAAGCCUUAUCGGGCUGUACGUUGUGAGCGACAUACUUUCGUCGUCGGCGACAAGCGGCGUACGGCACGCUUGGCGGUAUCGCCAGCUCUUCGAGGCAUCCCUGAAAGAAAGUCGAGUCUUUGAGAUCCUUGGCCUUAUCGCCGAGCGCCUCAAUUGGGGUCGUCUCAGGGCGGAGAAGUGGAAGCGGAGCGUUAAGUUGGUACUGAAUUUGUGGGAAGGUUGGUGCGCCUUCCCUCACGAGAGCCAGAAGAUCUUCACCGAGACGUUCGAGAACCCGCCGGGCGCGAAGAAGGAGGAGCAGGCUGACGAGGCGGCCAAGAAGGGCAAGUGGAAGACGGUGGAGGCCGGUUCGGGCACGACUCAAAGCGAAGGGAGAGCAGGGUUUGUCCCCGUAUCCUCUGGUGGCGGGGCAGGCCACGAUGACGAAGACGGCGGGAUGGAGGUCGAUGACGACGUUGACGGCGAGGCUAUGGAUGACCGUACGUGGGUGGACUACGAGGACCUAGACACGGACAUCGAUGGCGUUCCGAUGGAUGAUGACGAGGACGGGGAGCCUAUGGACGAGACCGGCGCAGAACCCGCGGCUCAGCGUAGCCCUGUGGCCGAAACAUCGCCCAUACCCGAUAAGAGCGAAGGGGAUAACGGCGCGGAGAGCGAUAGAAAGGCAGAGGAGUCUGUGACUGACGCACCAUCGCGGGACCAAAUUUCGACGACCCUACAGCCGCGGAGGCGCAUGAAGGCCGUGGACAUGUUCGCAGACUCUGACGAUUCUGAUAACGGAAGCUGAUGAUAUCACGGCUAACCAAGCCCCUACAAUAUACAAAUUUUAAAAAGCACAGUUGGAUCACGGCGGGAAUCUAGCCGUUGGCUGUCUCUUGGCAGAUCUGGAGGAACUGGGGACGGACGGUUCUUCUGGAUCGCUGAUGGCCCCGGGUCCUGCCAGAGAAACAGUUUGAGUAAACGUACCCGGCCCGACAUAUCCGAGCCUCUCAGUUAGCCGGCAAGGACAACCUUCAGGAAGCGAGCCUGAUCCUAGUCCGAAGGCACGGGUGUCUGUCUAUAUCUAUAAACCACCUGCUCGAACCCCAUGUUCUCUGCGUAGGGCGGUCAGAAGGUGUGCUGUUGC